AUGCCGAUAACACUUCUCACAAUAAUCACUUAUUCAUUCCCUCUCUUUCUUUUCUGAAUAGCAACGAACACGUACACAUGCUUGAUCUCUAUUUCUGACUCUGCUUUAAGCUUAAGCAUCACACGACGUUCUAAGUUCUGCCGGCCUCUGUAUAGUCAUGCCUACGGUCUGCUGUCCGCCGCAAAUCAUUCGCUUAGUGUCUACCGACAGUGAGUGAAGUAUUUGAAUAAUACAUACCGGUUUUUAGUGAAUUUUUAAAUUUGUUUUUAAAAUUGUCCACUUCCCAUUUGUUUACUUUUACUCUUAGCUCAGGUUUUCAAAAGUGAUUUUAUAUCAAUAAGUAAUUGAGCGAGUUAGUUUCGAAUCAAGUCAGUGGAAUACACAUUGCAGCCGGUUCUCUCCCUCCAAGUUAAACACAAUUGCUGCAGAGCUUCACGCCAACGUUCAAAAUCUCUUUAAGGAUGGGCGGAUUCGCAUGGGUAACCUUAGUUACCAAUGACUCAUAUUCCCUUGGAGCACUCGUUUUGGCACACUCACUACGUCGCGUGCGUACUCAACACGAUUUAGCUGUUCUUAUAACACCAGGCGUUACCGAAUCCAUGAGAGAAAAAUUGGCAUCAAUAUUUACUUUAGUGCAAGAAGUGAAUUUAUUAGAUUCAAAAGAUCAAGAAAAUUUGGAAGUUCUUCGAAGGUCAGAAUUAGGCAUCACAUUUACUAAAUUGCAUUGUUGGCGACUUGUUCAGUAUGAUAAAUGUAUUUUCAUUGAUGCUGAUACUCUCGUUAUUAGGAACUGCGAUGAGCUUUUUGAACGCGAGGAGUUGUCUGCGGCACCAGAUGUUGGUUGGCCUGACUGUUUUAAUUCUGGUGUUUUCGUAUUUCGACCAUCCCAAGAAACAUUUAACUCCCUUAUGAGAUUUGCUGCAAAUAAAGGCUCAUUUGAUGGUGCUGAUCAAGGACUUUUAAAUAUGUACUUUAGUGACUGGGCUCAUAAAGACAUGUCAAAACAUCUACCUUUUAUUUAUAAUAUGUGCUCUACUGCCACUUAUUCCUAUGCGUCAGCAUAUAGACAAUAUGGUGAAAAUGUGAGGAUUGUUCAUUUUAUCGGUGCAACCAAACCAUGGUUGCUGUACUUCGAUACUGUAACUGGUAUUGUUCACCCGCCCCCGGGCUGUAAUCAUUUACAGCCACUUUUGCAAAUCUGGUGGAAUAUAUUUUGUGACAAUGUGCAUUCUCAACUUACUAAUACCAUGGGAGGCUUAGCAGGUGCAUUAUCGAAACUUACAUUGGGUGAAUGUCGAACUGAUGAGCAGCAAGCAAUAGAAGAUCACAUUCGUAAACAAAACUGGGAACAAGGUUACAUUGACUUUAUGGGUCGAGACAGUUUUGAUAAUAUUUUGAAAAAAAUUAAUGAAACUUUAGCAACAGCGCCUGGAAUAACAUCACCAAUUACAGAAAUUGAAGAAUCGCAAGAAAAUAGCAAUAACAGAGUUGAAAUACAGGAAAUUGCAGUGGAAAGCAAACCUAUCUCGCCUGGUACAUUAAAUUGAAAUGCAAUAUAACCUACCAAAUGAUAGCCAA